UUGCGGAUGCAUGUCGUUGGCGGAUCCGAACAUAUUUUUGAGCAUUUCAAAGUGCCGUUUUUUUUGUGUGUUUUUAAUUGAAAACUUAAAGUGUUGUUUGGUUUGAAUCGAACAAAAUGGAAACAAAUUCAGUGCGACGUUUUCCAAAUAGUUUUUCAAUUGAGAAUAUUUUAUCAAAACCCGAUAAGCGAUUAGAUGAAAGUGAUCACCUGACUAAUUUAAGUGAUAAUAACAAUGAUGUGAAUAGUAAGAUUGUCCGGAACUUUAAUAUCAAUGGGAUACCCUCGCCACCAGUUUCGGAUAAUAUUCCGGCCAUUUUAAGUCCAGCGUCAAGUUUUACCGAAGAAAAUGCUGAUGAAUGCAGCGAAGCCACUUCGGAGGACAGUAAUAAUCUAAAUGAUGACCGUAAAAAGCGUCCUCGAACUGCCUUUUCUGCCUCACAAAUAAAAGCCCUCGAAACUGAAUUUGAACGAGGAAAAUACUUAUCGGUGGCUAAAAGAACUGCAUUAGCUAAACAGCUUCAUUUAACAGAAACUCAGAUAAAAAUAUGGUUUCAAAACCGUCGCACCAAAUGGAAACGAAAGUAUACUGCUGAUGUUGAAACUCUAGCUUCACACUAUUACGCUCAACUUGGCAUUGGAGGUCUUGCACGGCCGAUGGUUGUUGGCGAUCGCCUUUGGCUCUUCAGCCAAACUCCCACCGGUCCAGCUCCAAUACAAUCGAUUAUGCUCAAUGGUGGUCCAACAGCCAUGGGAAUGCCACCUACUCAAAAUCCUGCCCUGCGUCCAUUUCCACCAUCUUCACAGCCAAUACCACCGCCUCCGAAUAGUGUCAUGGAGAGUGCCAGAAAUGCAAUCUUAUCCCGCGGUCAACCCUUGAACUUUGGUCUGCCAUUUUCCUUAAAUAAAACAAUUCCACCCCAAUUUCCGUCGGGAGGCUCGGCAUACAAUAUGUCCCCACGAAUAUCACCCAUGGGUAAUCCAAAGGCUCAGUCUUUCAAUGAUGUCUCGAAGUUUGAUUUCCAAAGUAAAAGCCCAUCAACUUACCGCAACUCAUCGGCGGAAACAGACACUUAUCUGCAGCUCAAGUACAACUCCAUACACAAUUGCGAAGAGAGUGAUAUGUCAAAUGGCUUGGCCGAAUUAGAGCGAGUCUUUGGCGACUCGAAUGGAAGUUUCCUAGAACACAAGUCAUCGUCGAACUUUGGACCUGGAUCGAGUAAAAAGGACACCGAUUGUCGCGCCAGUCCACCCGACUCUGAAUGUAGCGACAUCGAUUGCGAACAAAUCGACGAAGAUGAAUCCUAAAAUUUUAUAAAAUUAUUAUUUAAACAAUAUAAAGAACAACAUAAUUUAUUUUAUUCACUGUUUGUUUAUUAAAAUUGCAAUUCAAAUUGAUUUUAUUUUGUAUAGUUUUUCAUUUUAUUAUUAUUAUUUUUUUUACAUAUCACAGCCAGGUAGGCUAGAAAAAAAAACUUGUUUUUUUUUUAAUAUUAAUUAAAUAUACAUAAAUAUAAACAUUUGAA